CGCUCUCUCACUCUCUUCCAUGUUCUCGGACGCCGAUUGCCGGCCACGAUGGUACUUCGAGCGAGAGAGCUCCAGCGCCUUCAAGUCCUCCUCCCCGAGGCCUUUGGAUCGCUUUCCAGGGGCGGAGGCAACGCGAAGGCCGGCGGCGGAAGGAGGCUGCUGAGCGCUGGGAACACUGCCGGCGAGGAGUUCGCAGGCAAGAGCGCCUACGAGGUGCUCGGGGUCUCGGAGACCAGCUCGUUCGCCGAGAUCAAGGCCUCGUUCCGGAGGCUUGCCAAAGAGACCCACCCAGAUGUCUCGCCGUCGCCAGAUGACUCCGCCGCCUCCCAGAGGUUCCUCCAGAUCCUCGCCGCUUAUGAGAUUCUUUCAGAUUCUAAGAGAAGAUCCCACUACGACAGCUAUUUGUUUUCACAGAAAACAAUACCUCAUAAAGAUCAUGGACUUGGUUCGGCUGUUUAUGCAUACAAUUCACCUGUAAUAUUGACAAAGCAAAAUAAUGUAGUGGAGUGGCUAAGGUGGUACAGACUUACAAUUGAUGAUAUUCUUAUGCAGAAAAAGGUCGUGACAAGAUCAGGUUACUUUGGUAAACUUGAGAGUGAACUUUAUUCAGCAAUUCGUACUGCAUAUUAUGGCCCAAUUAUUGAGUCUAUGGAUCUUCUUCCUGACUGUUUUGAAGCUGAAGAGAGGUCUGCAUAUGAAACUUCUGAGUUGUUGCACUUGGUUUCAGGACGAGAUCUUUUUGGAAUUGUUAAUAUAGUUGAUAAGAUUCCUCGGUUGUCACAUAUCAGCCAUGUAAAGCUAAAUCCCUUUGAUUCUGUGGCUUCUGGACUUUGUCAAUAUGUUACACAUACUUCAAUGGAAAAAGGUUGUGAUUCUUUGAGAAGCGUUAAUAUCCAUGAAGAAGAUGUUAAACAGGACAGUAAUUUUCAAUCAGAUGUUUACAAAGAUCUUGAAUUGCAUAUCUAUGGAAGAGCGGUCGCUUUUGCAAAUAGGAGCCCUAAAUGCAAAUGCAUUGGCACACAAACAAUAGAUUCUGAAGAUCACAUACAUGUCUUUCUUACUUCAGAUGAGGCUCAAGAUGCCGUUUCAUCUGGUUCAGCUGAAUCGAAAAUUCUCCUAGGCACAAUAACUGGAUUAGGAACCAGUGCAGAAGAAGGAUCCUGUUCUGUUUAUGAUGGCAGUGGCACAAAAACUCAUGUGAUUAUGAAACACAGAACUUUACUGGUGAAGCACAUGCACUGGUUUCGAGUUGGGGGUGAGGUCUCAUCUUGUGAAUGCCGGUGUAGUAGAGCAUGCUUACCACCUAGCAAAUAUUGGCUGUUUGAGCCUCGUUGUAGCAUGCAUGACAUUGGUGGCUGGUAUGUUGAAACAUUUGGUAGGGACAAGAAAGGAAGGACUGUGCCUUCCCAAAGGCAAUGGGAUGUUAUGACUGAUCAUCCUGAAAAGAGAUUGCAUCCUGCCAUGUAUUUGCUGGCUCUGGCAUACAGAACAUUAGAUCUUGAGGAUGCAAAAAGAAGGAAACAAAGUUUUAUGGAUUUUGUGGAACCAAAAUUUUAUAGUAUUCUUCAUUGGUGUAAGAAGCUUUUAUAAUUUGAUAAAUCUGGAUGUUUGGAUGUUGGAAGAGGAGGAAUUUUACUGACCUUCUGCUAUCUUGAGACCAUUUGACAGUAUUCAGUAUAUCUCUUCAAAGGAUGUGUCAUCAUCACCUUUAUCAUCUCUGGUACAUGUCUUAACAGUACACCUGAAAGUAGCAAACAGUUGCAAAAGGAUAUAAAAUAGUGGACCCUGCUAUAAUGCAACUUCUAUAACUUUUCAUUCUCAUAUGCAUUGAUGUUCGAUGUGGUUUCAAUGAAUGGUGGGUCCAAGAAUGGUCAGUUUUCCGGACAAGACAAUCUUGCAGCUUCUAUCUCUUGGUAUUGUACAGAAGGCAUAUCCAGGUUUCGUAUCUUAAAGAUAUCAAUGAAUACAACAUGGACUCAUCACCCUAUGGAAUUACAAAGAGGAUCCAGUUUUCCAGCACGCAACAUGUCCUACCACUACUCUUCUCGCAUCAGACCAGCAAAGGUCUAGGGGAGCAAUGGAGGACCGCUCCUCAGUUACUUGAACUUCAACUGCAUAACCAAUAAGCUUCCAAUAGAUACCAUACCCAAGAUUAAAAGGAAGAGAUGUGCCUUCCACUUGCGAACGUCAGCUCUCCAAUCAAAGGACAGAACUGACCCUGCUGAACUCCUUCACUGAUAUACUUCAUGUUGAACAGGGAUGAAUUUUUAAGUUCUGCAGGAUUGUGUGUUGCGACCUUGGGGUGUUUUGGCUGUCUUUUUUAGGUGUUCUAUUGUAACAGGCGAUGCCCUGUCUUUGUUUUGUUUGCAGUUUCUUUUAGUAGCCGGUCUUCAGCUAGCUACUUUGACCCAUUUCAUCGUUUCUACGUAACAAGUGGUGGUAACCGUGGUAAUCCCACCAUUUUGCCCAAAAAAUGAUCAACUUAUCUGUUUAAUGCUCUCAAUACUUCUGAGUUGCUGGGUUUAUGGAAAACAAAGUCAAUCUGAAAGUCAAAACUAAUGAUUAAUGUGUCAACUCUAAUGCAUUUUUGAAUGCCAACAGGGGAUCAGUUCCUGAUGUAACAUAAGCAUGUAAGACGAGCUUGCUGUUUCAUUUUAAGCUAUAUUUUUCUAGAUUAUUAGGCAAAGGCUUUCUUUAGCUCUUUAAGCUAGUUGUACGGUGAUAAUUUUUUAUUUAUUUAUUUAAAAAUAUCUCAUUUUCUCUGAUGGAUUUGUGUUACUAUUGAUGUUAUUUUGUAUAUGAUUUCUU